UCCCAGAGACACUCAUCUCAUGAGACGUAGAGAGGCACAAAGAGAUGAGCUCACAGCUCUUGCACUUCACAGCUCUGCUCCCCAUAACCAACUCCAUAACACCCCCACCACUAACCUCUAGAGCUCGCCCUCCAAUCUCAGCCCCACAAUUCCAAGCCUUUCACACCCUUUCCCAAAGAACCCACAUUCCUUCUCAUGUCUACACGCACCCUGCAGCCAUUCUCCUUGAGCUCUGCACUUCCAUAAAAGAGCUCAACCAAAUCAUCCCUCUCAUUAUCAAGAACGGCCUCUACAAUGAGCACUUGUUCCAGACCAAGCUCGUCAGCUUGUUCUGCAAUUAUGGCAGCCCAAGUGAGGCUUUUCGGGUUUUCGAGACCGUCGAGGAUAAACUUGAGGUUUUUUACCACACUCUGCUAAAAGGGUAUGCCAAGAACUCGUCUUUAGGUGACGCCAUGUCUUUCUUUUGCCGAAUGAAGUCUGAUGGUGUUAGACCAGUUGUGUAUAAUUUUACCUAUUUGUUGAAAGUUUGUGGGGAUAAUGCUGAUCUUAGGAGGGGGAAGGAGAUUCAUGCGCAUCUAAUAAGUAGUGGGUUUGCCACGAAUUUGUUUGCGAUGACAGCGGUUGUGAAUAUGUAUGCUAAGUGUAGGCAGAUUAAUGAGGCAUAUAAGAUGUUCGAUAGAAUGCCUGAGAGGGACUUGGUUUCUUGGAAUACGAUUAUUGCUGGUUAUGCACAAAAUGGGUUGGCCAAGAUAGCUUUGGAGUUGGUUAUAAGAAUGCAGGAGGAAGGCCAGAAGCCUGAUUCGAUUACUUUGGUCACUCUAUUACCUGCUGUUGCAGAUUAUGGGUCUUUGAUAAUUGGAAAGUCAAUUCAUGCGUAUGUUCUAAGAGCCAGUUUUGAAUCACUUGUAAACAUUUCUACGGCUCUUCUAGACAUGUAUUCGAAAUGUGGAUCAGUAGGGACUGCUCGGUUGAUUUUCAAUAGGAUGAAACAAAAGACUGCCGUUUCGUGGAAUUCCAUGAUAGACGGGUAUGUACAAAAUGAAGAUGCAGAGGAGGCAAUGGAGAUUUUCCAGAAGAUGUUGGAUGAAGGCUUUCAACCAACCAACGUUACUAUAAUGGAAGCUUUACAUGCUUGUGCUGAUUUGGGGGAUCUUGAACGGGGAAAGUUCGUACAUAAAUUAGUGGAUCAGCUGAAACUUGGAUCUGAUGUGUCAGUAAUGAACUCUUUGAUGUCCAUGUAUUCCAAGUGUAAGAGAGUUGAUAUUGCUGCAAAGAUAUUUAAAAACUUGCUAGGUAAAACCCUUGUCACAUGGAAUACCAUGAUAUUAGGUUAUGCACAGAAUGGACGCGUCAGUGAGGCUUUAAGUCACUUUUGUCAGAUGCAAUCUCAAAAUAUGAAACCAGAUUCAUUUACCAUGGUGAGUGUUAUUCCUGCUCUUGCGGAGUUAUCAGUUACACGACAGGCUAAGUGGAUUCAUGGACUUGUUAUAAGAACAUGUUUUGACAAAAACAUUUUUGUGAUGACUGCUCUUGUUGACAUGUAUGCAAAAUGUGGAGCUGUGCAUACUGCCAGAAAACUUUUUGACAUGAUGGAUGAGCGGCAUGUGACAACAUGGAACUCUAUGAUCGAUGGAUAUGGAACAAAUGGGUUGGGAAAAGCUGCUGUAGAUCUGUUCAAUGAAAUGGAAAAAGGAACAAUAAAGCCAAAUGAUAUUACAUUCCUGUGUGUGAUCUCUGCUUGCAGUCACUCAGGUUUAGUAGAAGAGGGUCUCCAAUACUUUGCAAGCAUGAAAGAAGAUUAUGGCUUGGAGCCUGCAAUGGAUCACUACGGGGCCAUGGUUGAUCUUCUUGGUCGAGCUGGCCGGCUAAGUGAGGCUUGGGAUUUUAUUCAAAAGAUGCCUAUGGAGCCUGGUAUUACUGUCUUCGGUGCAAUGUUGGGGGCUUGCAGAACUCAUAAAAAUGUUGAGUUGGGUGAAAGGGCAGCAGACAAGAUAUUUGAGUUAAAUCCUGUUGAAGGUGGGUACCAUGUUUUGCUUGCUAACAUAUAUUCCACAGCUUCAUUGUGGGACAAAGUUGCUAAAGUGCGAAAAAUGAUGGAGAAGAAAGGGCUUCAGAAAACUCCAGGCUGCAGUUUAGUGGAUUUAAGGAAUGAGGUUCACACUUUCUACUCUGGAAGCACAAGCCAUCCCCAAUCCAAGAGGAUUUAUACUUUUCUGGAGACUCUGGGAGAUGAGAUCAAGGCUGCCGGUUAUGUGCCCGACACCAAUUCAAUUCAUGAUGUGGAAGCUGAUGUUAAGGAGCAGUUACUCAAUAGCCACAGUGAGAAGCUGGCUAUUGCAUUUGGACUCUUGAAUACUACUCCUGGUACAACCAUACACAUUCGGAAGAAUCUACGAGUUUGUGGUGAUUGCCAUAACGCAACCAAGUACAUAUCCCUUGUAACUGGACGGGAGAUCAUAGUGCGUGAUAUGCAUCGGUUCCAUCAUUUCAAGAAUGGAACCUGUUCUUGUGGUGAUUAUUGGUGACCGUAUCUUUCUCCAUUUUUUAUUUUUGGCAGUUGUAUAAUUGCCACUGUUGUAUUCUUUUCAGGGAUGGGGACUUAGGUGUAGAUUCACAAGGUUUUGGUUAUUUUUGAUGUUUAGAAGGUCAUGAAAUCAUGCAACAAAAAAAAAAAAAAAAAGAGCUUUCAUUACAGAAACAUUGGAGAUGUGGUGUGCAACGGCAUUUAACAGUCACAUGACUCAUGUAUAUUUCAGUUGCUCGAUACUUAUGCCAUGAGAUUAUUAUACUUGGAUCA